UAUUAUGUAAAAUUACACAACACGAAAAUCAUAAGCGCAGCACGGACACGCACCAAGGGGAGAGACUUUAUCGACAGUGCCAGAAAAUGGAUAUGCCAAAUAGUUCCAACGUUGAAAAUGGGUGCGAGUGGCGUUUCGAGCGGUCCAAUAUAAAACGGUAUCAUUUCAGGUUAGGUCCCCGUGGUCCAGCAGACAGAUAUCCACGUAAAAAGAUUCUAUUGCACCUUGGAUGAUACUUUAAUUACACUAUGAAUACGAUAAUGCAGCCAAAUGGAGCCGAGAUGCACAUAUACAUACAUGACCAUAAUUUUACCAUUGGUUAAAGAUAACGUGACCUCAGUGAAGAGAUAACAUUUACUCUGAAUUAAUCUUGUAACACGAAAUUGGGUUUUAGCGGAAUUACAGUGUUCCAUAAAAAUGUUGAACUGUACACAUGAAUUAUAUAGCGUCGACCAAUAAUAAUGUGAUCUUUGUCCUAAAACAAUAUGGAGUGCUAAUCUAAUCUAAUCUCUAAAUAUGAAAGCAAAACAAUAUACAGAAAUAGAAUUCUCGUCCAGAUUUAAUAUCAGUCAAUAGGAAUAAAAGACUCGUUUAACAAUCAUUGCUUUCACUACAAGUUUUUACUGGCAGGAUGACGUUUAUACAUAUCUGGUGUGCCGUACUGAUUCUCUGUGUGACAGUAGAGGCAUAUGUUAAUGUAAUAACAAACUGGGAUGAGAAUAAUUUUGUGCCAUUUGCAACAAAAGCACCCAAAUACGAUCCAACUUGGUCUAGUCUAGACAGUCGACCGCUUCCGUCCUGGUACGAUGAGGCAAAGUUUGGAAUCUUUAUUCAUUGGGGUGUAUUCAGCGUGCCCAGCUUUGGCUCCGAAUGGUUUUGGAAUCAUUGGAAAGAGGAGAAAAGAACUACAAAAUUUUCCGAUUUUAUGAGAAAAAGGUAUCCUCCAAAUUUCACCUAUCAAGACUUUGCACGAGACUUCACUGCUGAAUUCUUUGAUGCUUCCGAGUGGGCAGAAUUAUUUCAAGCGUCAGGUGCAAAGUAUAUCGUAUUGACAAGCAAGCAUCAUGAAGGAUAUACACUGUGGCCAUCAACGUAUUCAUUCAGUUGGAAUUCUAUGGAUGUGGGGCCUCAAAAGGAUCUUGUUGGUGAACUGGCAGAAGCAAUUCGAAACAAGACACAUAUAAAAUUCGGCUUGUAUCAUUCAUGGUUUGAAUGGUACAAUCCUCUUUAUGUAACAGACAAAAGAAACAAUUUUACAACAGAUAGAUUCGUCACCCAUAAAGUGAUGCCAGAAUUCCGUGAGCUGAUAGAAACGUACAAGCCGGAUAUAGUUUGGUCAGAUGGAGAUGGAGAGGCAACGGAUACUUAUUGGAAAUCAAAGGAAUUUUUAGCCUGGCUAUACAAUGAAAGUCCUGUAAAAGAUACAGUAGUGGUGAAUGAUAGAUGGGGCAUUAAUAUACCAUGCCAUCACGGUGGUUUCUUUACAUGUGCUGAUCGUUUUAAUCCUGGUGUACUUCUUCCACAUAAGUGGGAAAACUGUAUGACUAUUGACAAAAAAUCCUGGGGAUAUCGCAGAAACGCUGUUUUAUCCGAAUACUAUACAUUGGCUGGAUUAGUAAAGGAAUUAGUAAUUACUGUAAGCUGCGGUGGAAAUUUACUGUUGAACGUUGGGCCAACAAAAGAUGGUAUUAUUACACCAAUAUAUGAAGAAAGAUUGCGUGGAAUGGGCGCUUGGCUAGCAAUUAACGGCGAAGCUAUUUACAAUACUAAGCCUUGGACAGUACAAAAUGAUACCUUAACUGGAAGUGUAUGGUACACUAUAAGUAAAAAUGAAAAACAGCUAUAUGCCUCAAUUCUAGAAUGGCCUCAAUUCUUUAAUAUCUUAUCGUUAGGCUCGCUUAAACUUUCGGAGAAUUCUCAGAUACAUCUACUUGGUUAUUCGUCAGUAAUUCCUUGGAAACAAUCCGAUAAUAAGCUGGAAAUAAGUUUACCUCCUAACGCACACAAAGGACAGCCAGCUUGGGUAUUAAAAUUUAAGGAAAAUAAUCAUUGAAUGGUUGAAGAUACAGUAUUUUAUAUAUAGAUAUAGAUUUUCAUCAAUAUAUGCAUAUGUAUUUACUGUAUACAUAUGUAAUACAUAUACUUACUAAGAAUAUAUUUCGUCUGGUAGACAAGUUUGGAAUUAGAAUUAGAACUAUUUAGAAAUGUACUUAAAUCAUGAAAAAUAAUAAAUCUUUAUUAAAGUA